CCGGCAGCAGCAAGAAGAGCAAAAUACAGGAUGCAGCGGAGCUCCGCCUCUUCCUCUGCCUGUAAAGUGUCUGUAAACUUCCCGAUAAUCUGAGGCAGACAGUUUACUCCCUUGUCGUCAUCCCGGUGACAGCUUUAGCAGCGAGGAGACGGUGUUUGUCUUUUCCGUCUACUUUCCUCCCUCCCUCCCAGCCCGGCUGAUACUAUUACAAGUUAAAAGGGUGUUCUGCCAGGAUCAUGCCACCAAAGAGACGAGCUGCUUCUGCUGCCAAGGCAGGUGGCAAGAAGGUGAAAAAGGAGCCCGGGACACCAAAGCCCAAGGAUGCAUUCACCUCUGCAAAAGAGGCCCUUCUGGCCGCAGGGCCACAGCUACAAGGCAAGAGGAAGGUGGAUGAGUACUGCUCACUGACAAGCUCCGCAGAGGUACAUGAGGACUAUGACUGCAUGCUCAAUCAGACCAACAUUGGACAGAACAAUAAUAAGUUUUAUGUCGCUCAAGUUGUCAAAGAAAACAACAGUUAUUAUACAUGGAACAGAUGGGGUAGAGUGGGGGAAGUGGGACAAUCUAAACUUAACAAGUUUAAUGAGCCCGAGAAGGCUGUCAAGGACUUUGAGAAAAAGUUCAAGGACAAGACCAAGAACAACUGGAGCGAUCGGUCGAAUUUUGUGUCUUCCCCUGGGAAGUACACCCUCAUCGAGGUGGAUGGAGAGCAGGAUGCUGAGGUCAAGGUGGAGACUGUCGAUGGCAAGACUGUUAAAGUCGCUACAAAUGUAGAAGCCUGCACCCUUGACGACUCUACCAAGAAGCUCAUCGAACUCAUUUUCAGCAAUGACAUGUUUAAGGAGGCAAUGGAAUUUAUGAACCUAGAUAUCAAGAAGAUGCCUCUGGGUAAACUCAGCAAAAUCCAGAUUGCGAAGGGCUUUGAUGUGUUGGAGGAGAUCGAGGCUGCAAUGAACAAAAAAAGCGGAAAGAAACGUCUGGAAGAACUUUCCUCAAAGUUCUUCACCACAAUCCCACACAACUUUGGCCGGACCAGACCGCCAACAAUCGACGACAAAGAGGUUGUGGAGAGGAAGAAAGAGAUGCUUAUGGUGCUGGCUGACAUCGAGCUUGCCCAGAAUCUGAAGUCAGAGACUGAAAAGGCUCAGGAAGAGAUGAUAGAGAUAGUUCCUCACCCUCUAGACCAGGACUACAAUUCUCUCAAAUGCAGCCUCAAACUAACGAGCAAGGAUUCAGAAACAUUCAAGAUCAUAGAAAAAUACCUGAAAGCGACUUCAGGUAGCUAUCGUAAACCAAAAAUUGUCAAUGUUUGGGACGUUGAUCGAGGGACAGAGGGAGAACGGUUUAGCCAGAAUGAUGGUCUGGAGAACCGCCGUCUGCUGUGGCAUGGCACAAACAUAGCGGUGGUGGCAGCUAUCCUGAAGAGCGGUCUGAGGAUAAUGCCACAUUCAGGAGGCCGUGUUGGUAGCGGUAUCUAUUUUGCAUCUGAAAACAGCAAGUCUGCAGGUUACGUGCGCACCUCUAAAAACACUGGAGUGAUGUUUUUGAGUGAAGUAGCCCUCGGCAAAGAAUGCACCAUCACUAAAGACAACAGCUCCUUGAAAAAGGCUCCUGCAGGCUAUGAUAGUGUGGUGGCACGAGGAUCAGUGGAGCCAGAUCCAUCCCAGGACAUCUACAUCACCCUUGAGGGCAAGAAGGUUGCUGUGCCUCAGGGUAAGCCCUUAGAUCAGCCCCAGUUCUCAGACAGCCACUUCUACAACAGCGAAUAUCUCAUCUAUAAAGAGAGCCAGUGUCGCCUCCGCUACCUGCUGGAGCUUAACAUGUAGUAAGUCAACUCAAGGAAAGAAGCAAAGUUCCUCAUUCCCUCUAUAUAAGGUGCUUCUAAAAGGCUUGGCUGUGCUGUUUCAUAUAUCUAUAUUUAAUAUGAUCAUUUUAUUUAGAAUUACAGUUAUUGUGCAUCUGUCCCUACCAUGAUUCAUAAAGGACUUUUCUGUGCCUUAUAUUUUGCACACUGUAAAACUUGCCUGAGCACGAUAGACUGCACUUCCAUUAUAACUGCUGACUUAAUGUAUGUGUUUUUUUCUUUAAGUGUUUAAAAUGCCUCUAGAUAUUUGCACAGUUUUGUUUUCAAAUGUCACUCAGUUCUAGUCUGAGUAGCUUACUUUUGACAUACUGCAUUAUUUAAUCCAAGUGGUAACGCUUCUAUAGAUCUGUCCCUCUACGAGAAGAUAUCUUUGACAUGUAGGAAGGCUUUACCGCAUGUCAUUGCAGUUAAAGACAUUUUGACUAAUGUGGUAUAGUGGACCAAAAGUAAAAGGAUACUCUAUGCAUAGAUAUGUUUACAGUUAGAAGUUUAAAGUGCUAUUUGUUGCACAUCUAAUGUGUAAGGAAAGUGCUUCUGCUAUGCAAAGUAAUGUAACAUGUACGUCAUGAAAAGCUUGGUCAAUCUUGCCCGGAGGCUCUUAUGUGUCUUAUAUGCUAUGAAUGCCACCAUAUGGUGUCAGUAAUGAGCAACUCGCUUUGGAAUGUAAUUGCCUCGACAGUUUUGCACUAAGACAUUAUUUGAACCAACAAUUCAUAAAUAAACUUUAAAUUCC